AUGGCUGCUACAUGUGAGCUCCCUCUCAUUGGAAGAGCACCCCGAGGCGGGACAAGCCACCGCCACCCCGGGCAACUGGAACCCGCCGGGCAGAAGACGGGCGUCAAAAGAAGGGCCUCCCCAGCCGUCCCCACGCCCCAAUCCGAGGCCCAGGGAGGACGGCGGGGCCAGGCCUGUCUCCCCGCGGAAGCCUGGCUCGGCAGCGGAGGGCCCGCUGGGGUUUCUCUUCCCAGCCCCAGAGUCCUGGAGCAGCUAGCAAGGGAAACACGAAAGGACAGCGCCGCGGAGCUCACCCCAGGUUCAAGGCAUCGCGCACCCUGCGGCAGCGGCGGCGCCGCCUCAGCCCGCAGCUCAGACCUGCGGGUGGCGGCGACUCAGCCCGGGACCCGGUCGCACCUCUGUGACGCAAAGCCCCGCCCCCCCCGCGCGUUGCCUGGAGACGGCGCUCAACCUUCCUCUGCAGCGCCCCUACCGACCCGCGCUCCGCAGCUCCUGAGGGCUUUCGAGCCCAGAUGGUCAUCUGAGACGAGAGGUGGCGGCGAAGGAGAGUCUCGCCUGUCACGCUCCCGGAGCAGGGGCUUCAUGAGGUGGCCAUGGAAACGGCCUGGCAGACUCCCAUCUCUCCUGGUGCCAUCUCCGGAGCGGAAAGUCGAGCGCCCCGCUGGCGACCAAGGCCGCACUGAGAGCCCUGGUUUGGUCAACAGUUGGGCUCCAAGCCAAUUAUUUCUCCUGCAAUACCUUGCCAAAGGCAGCCAAGAGAAGUUUCCAUACCCCAGCGCUGAUUCUUUCCACCACUUAUAAAUAGGCUAACUUGGAAAUCAAGUUAUCACAGGAGCCCUGGUAUUCCUUGAACAUGCAUACCUUUCCCAGCGUGAGGGACAUGGACCGUGCCGUGCGAGGGACCCCAUCUUCUGCAGCAGGAGGGAGCAGAGAAGAGAACACAGGGAUUCCUGUUGCUAAAAGGUCUGUUUUCUCCUGCUUGCCACCCUCAUCAGCCAGAGUCCAAACCCUGACAGUGCCCAUGGGGAGAUCUGGUCCAAGGCACCAACUUCUUCCUGCUGGACUGAGAAAGAGCCUCUUACUGUGUCUCUCUUUACCUCAGCUUUUGCACACCUCCAAUAUAUUGUCCACUGAAGUCAGAAUAAUCUAAAAAUAAAGCCUGAUUACAUCAUGUGGUAUAAACUUA